AUGACCACAACUACUCUGCGUGCUGUCACGCAUCGCCUAACCACCACCCCUGUCGAGCAAUUGCCCUCGAUAGCUUCAUUCCUGGCGACCUCGCUUAGUGAUUGCGCCGAGCUUUUGUCUGCGCCUCAAAACCAGAAAUUGGCCAAGACCGACUCGGAUCAUGUCGUUCAGAUACACAAGUUGAAGACUCGCCUAGCCAGCUUGCUACAGGACCGUAGUAUUGAAGCUCGAUGGACUGCUGUGGUUCUGGUUAAAGCCGCGGUUGAGGCGGGUCAAUGGGAGAUCUUACGAGGAUAUGAGCCUAUCGUUCGCAACUUGAUCACCAUUCUGGCGAAACCGGACCCUAUUUCGACACGCAAGAUGUGCAUUAUUACUUUAACUCGCAUCUUUCACCUUACUUACCAGUAUCCGACUCUGGUUCGUGAGAUCACCACACCGCAUAUGCCAGGAUUCGUCACGGCUGCGCUUAACUUGAUUUCGACCCUUGUGAAACUUCCCUCAGGAUCUACCCGGACGCCCAAGCACAAUACGUGCUUCAUGGAAACCGUCCUUCAUGCCAUCUUGGAAUUGAUUCCUCGUCAUCCCACGAUCUUCCGACCCUUUGGCUCCCAAAUUCGAUCAUUGGUAACUGAAAUUCUUAGUGCUGCUUCACCUGCUUAUUACCCGGAGCCUGUUGUCAAUGCUGCCGAACAAGUAUUUGCAUCUCUUCACAAGUGUGCGCCGAAGGAUAAGUCGGGUGCUGGCUGGACUGAUGAUUGUCGAUCGACUGUACUGUCUAUUCACAGAGCAACUGAUCAUGUAUUCCGUGCUAUUGUCGAGCAAUGGGAGUCUGUCGAUGCGACAUUGACUCACAUGCGGCCAAAUUACAGCAGUGAAAUGGCCGAUGAGGGUGUCGAUGCUCUAGGACUUUCCUCGUGGAGUGGAAUGCACGCCGGAAUUGACAGAUUGAUCAUCCUCAUGAAAAUUCUGUCGAAUUUUAUUACCAUGCCAUCCACUGCUGCGGUUGCCAUUCCUCUAGGCUCUAUUCUUGACGUGACAUCACGGCUCACCUCUGUAAUUGCUCCUUCCGAUGAAAGCUCUCAAACUGGGGUUCAGAUCAAUCCCCAGAUCAGUCGGGAUGAGCGUGAGAUGCUCUGGACUGAAUUGCCGCGCAUCCAUGCCGCCAGCAUGAGCUUGCUUGCUCAUGUUGUCGCUGUGCUGGAGAUUGACACGACCCCAUUGACCCAGACCAUGGUGGAACAAAUUACCUGGGUUAUCCGGAAUGAGAAGACUAGCAAAGAGGUUCGAUUGGCCACGUAUGAGCUGCUUCGCUCCCUGGUAUCUCUGAAUGGGCCUGCCAUGACCAAGCAGACUGUAGCUUCCAUUGCCAAUGUUGCCCGUUUAUGCUGCAAUGAUCUCCUGCCUCAGCUAGGAGAGAACAGCCAACAAACCAAGGCCCAGUCUGAUUCAAAGUCCAAGUCAAAAACAGCUCCAGGUACUGCAAAUGUUGAUGCUUUUUUGAACCCGGAUCUCCAGAAAAAUUCGGGCCCUCAAUUCUGUUCACGUUUCCCUCGGCUUGAACUGGCCUCUUCCAAGCUUCUGCAAAGUAUUCUUGCAAACAUUCCUUCGGAGCUUCUUGCACCAUCAGUUCGCGCUGAAAUCGACCGCACGAUAAUUCUGACCGAUGAUAAGGAUGCAAUGCUGGCUAGUGUGCUGAACCCAGUUCCAGCUGCCAAGGGCCGUGGUGCUGGCUCAAGCAUCAUGCCGCUUUUGGUGCGAAGCCAUCCUGAACAAAUGGAGGUCGAGGCUUUGGUUCGUCCCAGAAUGCCGGUUCUUAUGUCUGCCCCAGAGCUUGAUGCCUAUACUGAGAUGGAAGAAGACGAAGAAGCUGAUGAGAUUGUGGAUGAGGAAUACAAUGCUGCGCCAGAAACUGCAGAAUUCUUGACGCAACCUUCCAGUAUCCCGGCUGAAACCAAGAAAAGCGAGUCCUUAGUGAAGUCUCCAGUAAAUAAGCGAACCUACUUCGAGCAGUCCACCACUCAACUGCCUAGCAUUUCGGUGGCAACAGAGCCUCCCGCUCAAGCCAAAAAAGCACGCAUCGAAGAGACUACUUCCAGCAGCCGAAUUGCUGUGGCUCAAGUCUCAACCACUGUAUCUCAACCGCAAAAGCAAAAUAAAGCCACACCUGCGUUGACCGAGGAGGAUAGCGAUGAUGAACUUCCAACUUUGAACAUUGACCCGGAUACUGAUGAGGAAGAUGACGAAGAAGACGUCACCAUGGAGGAUUGA